CUCAUGGCAGGGUCCAGUAGAAGGAAACCCCCUUGGUGCUAACCUGCCACCCAAAGAAGGGUUGUUAUUUAUUGGGUAACAAAACAUGCAGACCGGGCACUCCACUGUUUAAUGGAACCCACCCUUCCGGUCCCCAGCACAGCCAUGUGUCUGCACUGGAGCCUGCUGUUUGUUUAGGGCAGGGAGAUGAUUUCUUCCACGCAGCGCCAGGCAUGCUGUCAGCACUCAACAGAUACAUAACAAGAAGCAUGAGAAGCUGCGUUCCAGAGGCUGGGAGGAAGAGAGGGGUGGCUCUCCUUAAAAAUAUUGACAGAUGUAACGAAUAAUACAAUGGCAUUGCUGAUCUCUAGCCUCUUCCACAUCUGGAUCUCAAAGCUUUUCCCAAACAAGAAUGAACAAACCCUUCUGCCUCUCUGAGAAGCAGCAGUCGGAGAUGGAUGUCUCUCUUUGCCCUACCAAGUGCAGUUUCUGGAGGGUAUUUUUGCUCUGGAGCAUUUGGGGAGACUAUCUGCUUUCGGUGCUGGCUUGCCCUGCGAAUUGCCUUUGCAGCAAGAUAGACAUCAAUUGCAAGAAGCCGGAUGAUGGGAACCUCUUCCCUCUCUUGGAAGGGCAGGAUUCAGGCACCAGCAAUGGGAACACCAGCAUCAACAUCACUGACAUCUCAAGGAACAUCACUUCAAUACACAUAGAGAACUGGAAGAACUUGCAGACGCUGAAUGCUGUAGACAUGGAGCUGUACACGGGACUCCAGAGGCUGACAAUCAGGAACUCAGGACUUCGCAGCAUCCAGCCGCGAGCCUUUGCCAAGAACCCUCAUCUGCGCUACAUAAACCUCUCCGAUAACCGGCUUACCACACUGUCAUGGCAACUCUUCCAGACACUGAAACUUUCUGAAUUGACACUCGAAAGAAACCUUUUUAACUGCAGCUGUGACAUCCGCUGGAUUCAGCUCUGGCAGGAGAAGGGUGAAGCAAACCUGCAGAAACAGGAGCUGUACUGCAUGAACAUGGAGGCUGCCGUCAUUCCCCUGCAGGAGAUGAACAUCACCCAGUGUGAUCUGCCCGAGAUCAGCGUCAGCCACAUUAACCUGACUGUGCGGGAAGGUGAGAACGCGGUGAUCACCUGCAAUGGCUCAGGCGCGCCGCUGCCUGACGUAGACUGGACAGUUGCAGAUCUGCACUCCAUCACUACUCACCAGACGAACCUCAACUGGACUAAUGUUCAUGCCAUCAAUUUGACCCUGGUGAACGUCACCAGUGAGGAUAACGGGUUCCUCCUGACAUGUAUUGCUGAGAACGUGGUGGGAAUGACCAAUGCCAGCGUGCUGCUCACGGUCUACUAUCCACCACGCAUUCAGAGCCUGGAGGAGCCAGAGCUGCGUCUGGAGCAUUGCAUUGAGUUUGUGGUGCAUGGGAACCCAGCGCCCAGCCUUCACUGGCUACACAAUGGCCAGGUCCUCAGGGAGACUGAGAUCAUCCGCAUGGAGUUCUACCAGCAGGGUGAAGUGUCUGAGGGCUGUCUACUCUUCAACAAGCCCACUCACUACAACAAUGGCAACUACACCCUUGUGGCCACCAACCAGCUGGGGACAGCCAACCAGACCAUCAAGGGGCACUUCCUCGAGAAGCCCUUUCCAGAGAGUACGGAUAACUUUGUCUCAAUUGGUGACUAUGAAGUGAGCCCCACCCCACCUAUCACCGUGACCCACAAACCAGAGGAGGAUACAUUUGGGGUAUCCAUAGCAGUUGGGCUUGCAGCUUUCGCCUGUGUCCUCUUGGUGGUGCUCUUUAUUAUGAUCAACAAGUAUGGUCGUCGGUCCAAGUUUGGGAUGAAAGGUCCCGUGGCAGUGAUCAGCGGGGAGGAGGAUUCUGCCAGCCCCCUCCAUCAUAUCAACCAUGGCAUCACCACACCCUCGUCGCUGGAUGCUGGCCCAGACACGGUGGUGAUCGGCAUGACCCGUAUCCCCGUCAUCGAGAACCCCCAGUACUUCAGGCAAGGCCACAACUGCCACAAGCCAGACACAUAUGUUCAGCAUAUUAAGAGGAGAGACAUCGUUCUGAAGAGGGAACUGGGAGAAGGUGCCUUCGGGAAGGUGUUCUUGGCCGAGUGCUACAACCUUAGCCCCACCAAGGACAAGAUGCUGGUGGCAGUGAAGGCUCUGAAAGACCCCACUUUGGCAGCCCGCAAGGAUUUCCAGAGGGAGGCAGAGCUGCUCACCAACCUGCAGCAUGAGCACAUUGUCAAAUUCUAUGGAGUCUGCGGUGAUGGGGACCCUCUCAUCAUGGUCUUUGAAUACAUGAAGCAUGGGGACCUGAAUAAGUUCCUCAGGGCGCACGGCCCAGAUGCUCUGAUCCUGGUGGACGGGCAGCCUCGGCAGGCCAAGGGGGAGCUGGGGCUGUCCCAGAUGCUGCACAUCGCUAGCCAGAUUGCCUCUGGAAUGGUGUACCUUGCUUCCCAGCACUUCGUCCACAGAGACCUGGCAACCAGGAACUGCUUGGUUGGAGCCAACCUGCUGGUGAAGAUUGGCGACUUUGGGAUGUCGAGAGAUGUCUACAGCACUGAUUACUACAGGGAAGGGCCGCAUCCGAAGGGCCAAUGCAGCGCAGCGUGGCAGCGGCAGAGACUAGCACGACCAGCAGCUAAAACAGGAGUCUCUACCUUAUUCACUACACACCAUGCAACAUCUGCAGUGAAAGAGGAAAGGAUGCUAUGGAUACCACCUUCAUUCAUGACACACCAUGCAAUAUCUGCAAUGAAUGAGGUUGGAGGACACACCAUGCUGCCCAUCCGCUGGAUGCCCCCUGAAAGCAUCAUGUACCGGAAGUUCACAACAGAGAGUGACGUAUGGAGCUUUGGGGUGAUCCUCUGGGAGAUCUUCACAUAUGGGAAGCAGCCCUGGUUCCAGCUCUCAAACACAGAGGUCAUCGAGUGCAUCACCCAAGGCCGAGUCUUGGAGAGGCCUCGAGUUUGUCCCAAGGAGGUUUAUGACAUCAUGUUGGGCUGCUGGCAGAGGGAACCUCAGCAGCGGCUCAACAUCAAGGAAAUCUACAAGAUCCUUCAUGUUCUUGGCAAGGCCACACCAAUCUACCUGGACAUCCUUGGCUAGCAGUGGCCACUUGUCAAAAGUUCCUGCUCCUUCCUUCCUCCACCCUCCCCACCUCCUCUUCUCCCCGACCCCUUCAGCCCCAAGCAAACAUCUUCAUAUAAACUCAAGUGCCUGCUACACAUACAACACUGAAAAACAAAACAAAACAAAAAAAAACAACAACCUGUAA